CAAAGGUGCACUGCUGGAUUGAGAUCAGGUGACGGUGGAGGCCAUGCGAGUACAGUGAGCCGGCUCAUUGACAUGGUGACGUUUUCCUGCUGGACCAUUUUUUCAGUCUUCUGUUGUCCAGUGUUGGUGAGCCCAUGGCAAUUAUAGCCUCAGUUUCCUGUUGUUAUCUGACCCAGUGUGGUCUUCUGCUGCUGUAGCCCAUUUGCUCCAAGGAUCAACAUGCUCUUUUAUGCUAUUCAAGUUACUGUUUCCUUCCUCUAAUCUCAUCAACAAGGCAAUCUCGCUGAGAACUGACGCUCACUGUACAUUUCCUCCGUUUCAUUCUAUUCUCUGCAUCCUAAAGAUGGUUGCUGCCCUGUGCCCUUGCUUGAUUAACGAGCUGUUGAAAAGGUGUACCUAAUAAAGUGUCCGGCGAGUGUAUAUGUCUAGUUUGAUGUAUUAACGUGCUCGGUUUUACUGUUAGAGUGGUGUGUGGCAUGUUAAACACGCGGUAGAGUCUCACUAUACCAGCCCAGGUGGCAGCAGCAGCAUGGCCGGCAGACAGACACACAGGCAGGCAGACAGACAGACACUGGUCAUGCCAUUUUCCAUGUGCCUUCCUUGCUGGGGGGCGAGUUUGCGCCCCGCUAGAGGAGAGCGCAGCUAUUUUGAAAGUGACCCCUCAUUCAGGCAGCGACUCUGCAGCUGUCAGGAACCAUGACUGAAGAUGACGGAUUCUGUUGUCGUGGAGGGAUACGCCAGACUCAGAGACGGGAAAAAGUGGAAAACUAGGUGGCUCGUGUUCCGCAAACCGUCGCCUGUAGCAGACUGCCUCGUGUUGCUGGUUUUUAAAGACAAAUCAGAGAAAGUUCACGGCAACAAGGAGAGGGCGAGCGUCACCUUGGAGGAGAUCUGCGGCUUGGAAGCUGGACAGUGGUAUGAGGGUGUGGCUUUUACUCUGACCAUCCUCUGCCUGAAUCAGGCUGUUUUGCUGGGCUUUGACAGCAGGGACGCCCUGCAGGCAUGGGACGCCCGCCUGCGAUAUAGCCUAGGAGAAGUUCACAGAUUCAGUGUUGGAGUCUUACCAGGGACCAAGUUGGAGAGCGGGCCUGCAACUCUCCAUUUGUGCAACAAUUUGUUGGCUCUUGCUCGGGAUGUCCCUCCUGUUAUUAUUGGCCACUGGAACCUUCCAGACCUGCGUAGAUAUGGACCUGUACCAAAUGGAUUUGUGUUUGAAGGAGGAACAAGAUGUGGCUACUGGGCUGGUGUUUUUCUGCUCGCAUCUGCUGAGAGCGAGCAGAUCAGCUUUCUAUUCGACUGCAUCGUCAGAGGCAUCUCCCCCACCCGAGGCCCUUUUGGACUGCGGCCCAUUUUGCCAGAUCCCAGUGCCAGCCAAACCACUUCAGAGGAAAAGCUGAACCUCGAGGCCCAGGAGCUAGAGAAACGACUGAGCAUGCUCUCUCAUGGGAGUGGCACAGUCUCUUCCACUUACUGCCCGUCUGCUGGGGGCGACGACCGCAGCAUUUCUGGUUCUUCUGACACUUCAGACACCAGCCAUUCAGACUGCAGCAUUGGCAGCCGGCUGGGAAUUUGGACUGAACCGGCUUCCAACCCACCUGAAAACGUCAGCCACGCGGGCGCUAAAGUGCCACUGCAGAUCAGCGAGAAGCUUUCCACCAACCAGGGAGGUGGACACCGGCCUGCGGCCAAGCCGCCCCGGCAGCUUCAGGAAAUCGGUCGUCAGAGCUCAUCAGACAGUGGCAUCGCUACUGGCAGCCAUUCCUCGUACACUGGUAGUUUCUCCUCCUACACAGGCAGUCUGGAUAUGACCCCCGGAGAGGACUUUGGUUCUUUUUUAAGCCUGCCUCCACAUUUGGCUCAAGAUCUGAGCCCUUGCACUUGCCCUGCUGUUCCUGGACAUGACUACCAGGUGCCAACUUCACUUAGGUAUGUCUAUGACACUCCCAGGAGUGUUUUACAGGAGGCAGGUGGAGGUGCCAAAGACAAUGAAGCCUCCACCUCAACUAAAGACCCUCCAGCCCUUUCAGGGUUCACAGCAGAGGCAGCAAAACAGGACAAGAGCAGUGCCACAACCCCUGAGGCUCACUCAGAAGCUACUGAAAGUCAGUCAGUCAGUGAACUCUUGCAGGGCCUUUCAGUGACGAAUAAGAAAACCAAGGUGGCACCCUCUAGUGACUCUUGUAAUACCUGCGCCUCCCUCACUUCUGUCAACAAAACCAUCGUGACCAUCUGCUCUGUAUGCGGUGGAGUUAAGGGGACUCCAUACAGCCCUUGUAGUUCUUCAGCGAUACCUACCGUACCAGCAGAUCAAAGUGGUGACAAAUCACCAUGCAGACCCAGUACCAGUGAAUGCACUGUUGCGGAGAUGAAAAUUCAGGAGACCUCUCCUGGCUCUGAAAUCGUCCACAGUGCGGGGAUGCCAACUGUGAAGAUGAGUGAGGAGUCACGGCUGCCAAAAAAAGGAAGAGAGAAAUUAGCCUGUCUUUUAGCUGAUCUGCUCGGCUUUCCAGGCACAGAUAGCCAGCCAGAGGCAAAGACACACAGAUUGAACCUGUAUGAGUCAAUGAGCCCUGCUUUUGGUAAUGAGCUUAAUUUGGCACCAGCAGUACCAUUACAAGACUCACAGCAAGACAAAAGAGCUGUCAUUUAUGAAAACUGUUUGAAGUGUCAAGGAGAGCACUGCCAGCCUCCACCGCGGGCCGUGCCCGCUCAAAAGUGGUGCAACAGGAACAUUUCCCCUUUAAAAAGCUUUCCGACUUGGUUGCACCUGAAGAAGAGCCAAGAACAUCCAGCUAAUGAGGAGUUACUGUACCAAGCCCUAAACGAUUCAUCACAGAGAGCGGAUGGGCAGUGUCAGUAUGAAGAGAUAAAUGGAUCGACAGUGACCAGUGAAGACAAAAGGCUUAGUAGUAAAGAGGAAAGACGCAGAGCCGAUCCUGCUUAUGAGAUCAUGGAGAGUCGGAUGCUGGAGAGGAACCCAGAGGCACAGGAAAAACACAAGUAUGAACUAAUGGGCAGCUACAGCCAGCAGAGGUUCCUUCAAGAGACUGAAGGGGCCGUGUUUGUGUUCCCCCCAGAGGCUCCGCUGGCUGAAAGACCUCGCGGCGAAGGUGUGACGUAUGUGAAUAUUCCUGUUAGCCCCACGUCCAAGAAGCAGCUCAACUACAUGGAGCUGGAGCUGCAGGAUCCUGUGCAUGGCACUAAAGCGGCUGCCACACAUCUGCCAGCUCAGAGAAAGAGCUCCACCAAGUACGCCCAGAUUGACAUCACUGCCACAGAGAUGGCCCACAAAGUCGGCACGUUGCACGCUCUGGGUCGGCAGGAGGGCCUGCACACUCUGGAGCUGAGAAGAAAGGGGACGCCACAUUGACUUUUCCUUCACUGAAACGUUGAUCUCAGCAGGAUUUUUUUUCACAACAGCAGAACUACAACAUCAGACUAUAAAGUUAGCAAGAAACAUGGCUCUGAGGGCCUUACUGUGGGAUUCCUUCUCUAUUCUGUUCCAUCUUUUGAAAGCAACCUCAGCCAGUUUACAAAACCCAGAAUCCCAGAAAAAUGUAUUCUGUCCAAUGUCUACUUUGUUAGAUCGAGACUGUAAUCACAAAGGAGCUGGAAUAUGGAGCUGGCUUUAGAAAGGUUUGGCUCUUUGUCAUGAGAUUUCACAACAAUUUCUCGUUAAAUGGCAUUACGUUGCUCCUCGAGCUUCAGGCUGUCUAGAAGGAGGAUGAGCAAACCCUGGGCUGAGUCAGAGGCCUCAGUAAUACCCCAGAGCAAAGGCACUUCACAGCUCACUCGAGCCACCACUAAUUGUGUGCUGUUUUUGUCCUUGUGUGGGUAAAAAAAGGUAGGGUGUUGGCAGGAAAGGAAGCGGAAACGGUGUUUAUUCUCACAAGUUCACACUCAUUUAUUCCUCAGUAAUCUGUAAUUCCAUAUGUAGUUGCACAUAACUCUUUCUGCAUUUCAAAUUUAGGGAAACUUUCCAUCCAGUCUUACUCGGUGAUGCAAAAUUCAGAGUAGCUUGAUGUGUAAAAAAAAAAGAGUUUUUGUGUAAAAGUAGCACAAGUAAUGGUUCUGCAUAACACUUCCACUCUAUCCGUGGUGACUCUUGUUAGCCUGGCUCUAACUAAUGGGAAAAAGAUCAGUUGCUGCCAUACAUUUUCCCUCCUGCUUCCCAGUUCGUAUAGAAUUGGAUUUAAUUUGGGAAGGUCUUCAUAAAUAAUGCAAAGCUAAGAAGAACUGUUUUUUUUUUAAAUCAGUGGCUGUUUUUGUCAAAAUUAUAUUCUACAUUUUUUUUUCUAAUCACAUCCCUGAAGCUAUUAGCAUUUUUGUUAUUCCAUACUGUGUGUCUGUGUGUGGAUAUUGGCAUUUUACUGCAGUAUUGAAAAUGGCUUGUAUUUGUAGCGCUACUCAUCUUGGUAGAGCCAGUAUUGUUUUUUGUUUCAUGUGCUAUUCACAUACCACUGUUUUGAUUAGCUGUAAAUAUAUUUUCUUUCUAUUUGGGUGGACUAUCAUAAAAUGUGAAGGUGUUUCUGUACAGUAAACAUUUACGGAAAGGGUUCAAGGACGGCAUCUGCUUCCUAAGGAACUACUUUUUUUCAUGUGAUACUAUUUUUCUUGUAAAUUAUUUGUGUUAACACUGCUUUGAUGUGUUUUUUCUUUUUCUAGAACAACAGUAGAUCUCAUGGCUCUCCGUCCAUGUACAGCUGUAAACCUGUUGGGUACCAUAUUAUAUAAAAAUAUACCAUUGAAGUGUUUGCUUCAUUCAGUUGUAUUAACAUGUUAUUACAAACUAGCUAUACAUAUCUAACUUUUUUAUUAUCAUGCUGGAAAUGUUUUUUUUCUGUUAACACUGAAGACUUAGGCUUGAAAGCUAAGUCAGUAACACUAAGGGUGCAGCUUGCAGACACUCUGUAGCUCUAAUUUUUACUCAUUUAUUACAGCAAGAAAGACGAGAUGUUUUGAUAAUUGCUGGGCAAACGGGAAAAGUAAAACAUAAGUAAACAGAGAAGUAUUUCAUUGAUAAUACAUAGAGCAUAAAUGUCCAGCUUUAUGUGCAGAAAAAGUGAACAUGCAUGUGUACAAAUUAAUAUACACUGCAUUGAUGGACAGUUUCAGUAAUGUGAGGUGAUUACGAAACGCUCCUCCAUGUGCAAAUUUGACUUAAAAAAAGCUUCUCCAAAUAAAAACCCUUAGUAGUCUUUGCCCAGAUUUGAAGUCAGUCAUUAAAAAAUUGAAAAAAAAAAAA